UAAAAUUUGAAGUUUUGAAACGCAGAUGGAUAAAAAGUCAGCCGUUUCGAAUUUGCAGGAAUUUUGCGCCAAGAGCAAGAUACCGGUGCCGAAAUACGACUAUAUCGAUGGGGAAGAUGGAGGAUACAUUUGCAAAAUCGUUCUUAUGGAUAUAGAAUCCUAUGGCAAUGGCCGCUCAAAGCGUGACUCCAAACACCUGGCGGCCUCAAAUAUCAUAAAGAAAUUGCGCAGACUGCCGGGCCUCAGUGAGCAUCUGUCGGACGAUAUCGGUGACAAUAGUUCGGAUUUGUACGAUGAGCUAAAGAACCUUAAUCGGGAUAUGCUCAAGGAGCUACGCGACUACUGCGUUCGCCAUGAAAUGCCGCUGCCCCUUAUAGAGAUUGUGCAGCAGUGCGGCACACCAGACGCUCCCGAAUUCCUGGCCUGCUGCUCGGUGGCCUCCAUCAAGCGUUACGGCAAGUCGGACAAGAAGAAGGAUGCCCGCCAGCGGGCCGCCAUCGAAAUGCUGUCGGUCAUCUCAACCGAUAUGGGCAAGGUAACCGAAAUGGAAGUUGUCAGCACCAAGCCCUCGGAUCAGGGGACAAUUCCUAUAGUCGAUGCCAACAACGACAUAGAGACCGAACGUCGUCUUAUGUUCUCCACCUACCGGGACCUCACCGACUCGGGCCGAACGGAAUUCUAUGGGCGCAAAGUGUGCGAUGCCCACAACUAUUAUAAGGACUUCUUUCCGCACCUGAAGAAGGCCGCUUUUGAGGUCAUCAAUUCCACAGAGUACGAAAACGAAAAGGAUCAGCUUAUGGACAUUCUGAAAGCCCUGAAUAUCACACCUGAAUUCUCAACAGUUCCAGCAAAAUCCAUGAAGACAAUGGUCAAAAUUGAGCUAAACGUUGAUUUUGAUCGCGUUUUUAUUGAUUAUGAGAACGAUAUCUAUGGCUACAUGAUUGGCUACUUCAAGGAUAUGCUUGACUAGAAACAUAUCUAUAAUUUGUAAUUUUCCGGAACUGGCAUUUUUCUACUACAAAUUCUAUAAUGAGGGUCGCAGAACGGAUUAAAUCCCAGACUACCCAGAAAUUUUUUGUUGAAAAUUAAAAGCUUCAUUUAUCAUUCAAAACUUCA